UAGUGAGGUUUCCAUUCAUAAAUAGUCCACGAUAGCGUGGGAACUGGGUCGCGACCUGACAAAUAGUUGUGGUACUGUUUGCGACAAAGGCAACCACUGAGAGGGUUUUAUUUGGAGAUUUUACUUUCAAAAGCAGUUUAAUCACGGGGGCUUUGAGGUGAGAUAAACUAGCAUAGUUUUACGUUAAGUUCAAGUAGGCGAAGUUAGUAACAUCGUGGUCGAUUUUUAGUAGGAAGUGAUACGAAUUUAAGUCGAGCUGUACAUUUUUGAUCAUAGUCAGAUGUGAGAUCGAUGUAUAAACUAUUAUCUUGAGUUUCAUCGAUUUGUGGACAGUUACUUGUGAGAAAUAAAACAAAGUGACGGUGACUUGAAACACUGGAUUCUUACAUUUCUUAGUAGUGUACACAUUUCAAAAAGAACUCGUUGCAUGUCGGACAAAGGAGAAAGGGCCACGGCCCCUGCGCCCCCUGCAGCGGAACCAAAAGAAAAGAGGGGACGUGGAAGGCCAAGAAAGCCUAAACCAGACCAGCCAGAAGAACCCAAACCGAAGCGACCUCGUGGCAGACCUCUCGGCAGUAAGAAGAAACCGCAAGAACCUCCCAAACCAAAGAAACCUCGGGGACGACCAAGAAAAGCGGCUGGGGAUGUUGUAACAGGGGACCAGACUGCAUGAGGCGCUAUUUUCGCAACGCAGACCACUAGCUCCAUUGUGUUCAAUGACUUCUAUAAAGAAUCUUAACAGUUUAAUAACGUUCGGUGCACUUGUCCGUAGUCAGCAGUGAUAUGAUCUACAUUGUACCUGCACCAUUUCUUGGUAAUUUCUGUAACUGAUAAAAAGGUUGCAGCUCAAAAUAUAGGCAGGGAACUCCCUACAUAUAUAGUUGUUUUGAAGAGAGAAAUCAGCCAACUAAUUUUAUAAGUAUUUACAUGUAUACAAAUUCAAUGAUUCUGGGACAUUGAUAGGACAUACAUCCAUCAGACAGCCGCCACUGGAGAAAUUCAGAAAUGUAUACAACAUUGUAAACAUAUGAAUAAAAGAAAUUGUUAGUAUGGUGGUGUAUUUCUGCAACGAGAUAUUUCGGUAUCUAUCGCGAUACUUAAAAACUUACCUUGAUAAAGCGGGGUUUUCUGGAAGUGGAAAGUUUCCGGGAAGUAUUUUUGCGAUAAUUUACAUUAUUAUCUCGAUAUUUUCGUGGUAACGCCCACAAAUGCCAUUUAUUAGGUAUAUAACUGCCGCGGUAUUUUAAUAGUUUAUUUCGAUUUUUCGAAGUUUUCUAGAAAAGUUUACUUCAGUAGCAUAAAUUAAGUUUCCCGGAAAAUUUAUUGCGACAAUAUUUUCAAAAAAAAAAAGUCUUUUUUUUUUUGCGGCACAACUGGAAAGUUUAGCGUAUUAACGUGUUAUCUACUAAGCAUCUCAUGGCAGUUUCAACGGCAUUAAUGUGAAAUUUUGCGCUAAAACAUUUACAGGAAAUUAAUAAAAUAUUUAGAAAAUAAUAUUUAUUGCUGAAAUAUUUACAGAAAAAUGCGCACAUUUCCUAGAAAGUUUACAAUAUUAACGUGAUAGCUACCUAGCUAUCUCGUGGCAGAAAUAUGCCACCAUAGUUACGAAAGAUGUGCAUUAGUCAUUACAUUCUCUGAAACUUUCAAGCAUAGUUUUACAUUUCAGAUCUACACAACAAAAUAUUUUUUUUUAACAUUUUUCUACGUUAUAUAUAUUGCUUUUGAUGUUGUCAUUUUGAAAUAUCACUGUUCAUAUGUGUUGUUUAGGCAGUGACAAAUCUAUUUGCUUGCCUGGCAGAAUGAGUUGGUCGUAUACAUUUUAUGCUAGUAUAUGUCUCCAUUUAUGGGGAUAUAAAUUGUUCUUGACUUGUCCACCCGUCUUAAUUUUAGUCACAAAAUCCCCCAGCGUAUCCCUUCCUGAAUUACAGCUGAUUGGAUUUUGAUAAAACUUCACAGCAAUGUAUUCCACAUUCCGAUUCGAUGAUUUGUCAUAGUUUUAUUAGAGUUAUUGUCCUUUUAUGUUUUUUUUUUAAAUUAAACAACAUUGUCCUCACCUCUUCUAUUUUUAAAACCAUUGCCACAUCAUGAUGUUUUGAUUACUACAUGUAGUGAGUAAGAUUCCUUUUAAAGCGCUUUUUAGCCCACCAUCAUCAGAUGGUGGGCUAUUCAAAUCACUCUGCGUCCGUGGUCCGUCGUCCGUCCGUCCGUUAACAACUUCUCGUUAUCGCAUCUCCUCAGAAACUGCUGAGGGGAUUUUGACCAAACUUUGUCAGAAUGAUGUAUUGGUACCCUAGUUUUGUCCCCAUGAAUAUCAGUCUGGUUCAACAAUUUUUGAGUGAGUUAUGGCCCUUUGUUUAUUUUUAUAAUCUACAUAGAUUUAUAUAGGGAAAAACUUUGAAACACUUCUUGUCCAGAAGCCUAGGCCUUUGAUGUUUUGUAUGUGACAUCAUCUAGUGGUCCUCUGUUAAGAUUAUUAUGUCUCCCCCAGGAGACAUAUUGUUUUUGCCCUGUUCGUCUGUCCGUCCGUCCGUACGUCACUCUUCAUUUCCGAGCAAUAACUGGAGAACCAUUUGACCUAGAACCUUCAAACUUCAGGGCUGCUGCUGGAGUAGACGACCCCUAUUGUUUUUGGGGUCACUCCGUCAAAGGUCAAGGUCACAGGGGCCUGAACAUUGAAAACUAUUUCCGAUCAAUAACUAGAGAACCACUUGACCCAGAAUGUUGAAACUUCAUAGGAUGAUUGGUCAUGAAGAGUAAACGACCCCUAUGGAUUUUGGGGUCACUCCAUCAAAGGUCAAGGUCACAGGGGCCUGAACAUUGAAAACAAUUUCCGUUCAAUAACUAGAGAACCACUUGACCCAGAAUGUUGAAACUUCAUAGGAUGAUUGGUCAUGAAGAGUAGACGACUCCUAUUGAUUUUGAGGUCACUCCGUCAAAGGUCAAGGUCACAGGGGCCUGAACAUUGAAAACCAUUUCCGAUCAAUAACUAGAGAACCACUUUACCCAGAAUGUUGAAACUUCAUAGGAUGAUUGGUCACGAAGAGUAGACGACCCCUAUUGAUUUUGGGGUCACUCCCUCAAAGGUCAAGGUCACAGGGGCCUGAACAUUGAAAACCAUUUCCGAUCAAUAACUAGAGAACCACUUGACCAAGAAUGUUGAAACUUCAUAGGAUGAUUGGUCAUGAAGAGUAGAUGACCCUAUGGAUUUUGGGGUCACUCCGUCAAAGGUCAAGGUCACAGGGGCCUGAACAUUGAAAACCAUUUCCGAUCAAUAACUAGAGAACCACUUGACCCAGAAUGUUGAAACUUCAUAGGAUGAUUGUACAUGAAGAGUAGAUGACCCCUAUUGAUUUUGGCGUCACUCCAUCAAAGGUCAAGGUCACAGGGGCCUGAACAUUGAAAACCAUUUCCGGUCAGUAACUUGAGAACCGCUUGACCCAGAAUCUUGAAACUUAAUAGGAUGAUUGGUCAUGCAGAGUAGAUGACCCCUAACGAUUUUGGGGUCACUCUGUGAAAGGUCAAGGUCACAGGGGCCUGAACAUUGAAAACCAUUUUCCGGUCAGUAACUUGAGAACCACUUGACCCAGAAUGAUGAAACUUCAUAGGACGAUUGAUCAUGCCGAGUAGAUGACCCCUAACGAUUUUAGGGUCACUCUGUUAAAGGUCAAGGCCACAGGGGCCUGAACAUGGAAAACCAUUUCCAAUUAAUAACUUGAGAACCUCUCGACCCAGAAUGUUGAAACUUCAUAGGAUGAUUGUUCAUGCAGAGUAAAUGACCUCUAUUGUUUUCGGGGUCACUCCGUUAAAGGUCAAGGUCACAGGGGCCUGAACAUUGAUAACCAGUUUCAAUCAAUAACUUGAGAACCACUUGACCCAGAAUGUUGAAACUUCAUAGGAUGAUUGAACAUGCAGAGUACAUGACCAAUAUUGAUUUUAGGGUCAGUCUAUUAAAGGUCAAGGUCACAGUAGCCUGUUUAUGUAAAAUCAUUUUUUGGAAAUAACUUGAGAACCACUUGACCUACAAUGUUGAAACUUAAUAGGAUGAUUGGACAUGCAGAGUAGAUGACCCCUAUUUAUUUUGAGGUCACUUGAUCAAAGGUCAAGGUCACAGGAGCCUGAACAGUGACUUGAGAACCACUAGGCCAGGAGUGUUGAAAUUUAGCGGGAUGACUGGACAUGCCAAAUAGAUGAUCCCUAUUGCAGCUAACCAUCAGUGUCUCUUUGACUUUCGCUCCUGACCCCUAUUGACUUCUUGCCUAUAAGACUUUGCAUUGGGGGAGACAUGCACUUUUUUACAAAAGCAUUUUCUAGUUCAAAUUAUUCCCCUAGGGUCAAAUAUGACCCCGCCCUAGGGGUCACAUGGUUUACAUAGACUUAUAUAGGGAAAAACUUUGAAAAUCUUGUCCAAACCACAAACCUAGAGCUUUGAUAUUUGUAAUGUAGCAUCAUCCAGUAGUUCUCUACAAAGUCUGUUCAAAUUAUACCCCAAGGGUCAAAUAUGUCCCCGCCCGGGGGUCACAUGGUUCAUAUAGACUUAUAUAGGGGAAAAAACUUUUAAAAUCUUCUUGUCCAUAACCAACAACAUUUAAAUUUGGACCACAUGUAUAGUUUUGAGUGGCAAGAUGAACCUUGACAUGAGUUGACCUUGAUCUUGACCUAGUGACCUACAUUCACAUUUCUGUAGCUACAGCCUUCAAACUUGGACCACAUGCAUAGGUUUGUGUACCGAAACAAACUUUGACCUUGACAUUGACUUAGUGACCUUCUUUCACAUUUUUAAAGGUACAGGCUUCAAAUUUGGACCACAUGCAUAGUUUUGUGUUCCGAAAUGAAAUUUGACCUAAUGACCUACUUUUACAUUUCUCAAGCUACAGCCUUCAAAUUUUGAUCACAUGCAUAGUUUUGUGUACCGAAAUGAAAUUUGAUCUUGAGAUUGACCUAGUGACCUACUUUCACAUUUCUGAAACUACAUGCUUUAAAUUUGGACCACUUGGAUAGUUUUGUGUUCUGAAUUGAAAUUUGAUCUUGAUUUUUACCUAGUACCUACUUUCACAUUUCUCAAGCUACAGCCUUCAAAUUUGAAGCACAUGCAUAGUCUUGUGUACCAAAAUAAACUUUGACCUUGAAAUUGAUCUAGUGACUUACUUUCACAUUUCUUAAGCUACGGCUUUCAAAUUUGGAGCACAUGCACAGUUUUGUGUAAUGGAUUGAACUUUGACCUUGAUUUUGACCUCGAGCUAGUCUUGAAAUUUUGAACAUUCAAAAAUGGCUCAGUGGUGGGCGCCAAGAUCACUGUGAUCUCUUGUUAUAAUUUAACAACAUGUAUUCACGGGUGGUAAACGCGCAAUCCAAUUCCCGCUGGGAAUACGCUUAAAAUGGGUUGCGCAACUUCCGGUGCUGGUGUUACGCGUAUAAAAAGACGAAAUUGAGGUAUGUGAAGUUAUGAUUUUGCUUAGUAUGAGACAAGAAUGAAUUUUCUCGGAAAAAGCAAAACGCUAUUCGACACAAAUAUGAUAAUACAUCAUAUGUGUAAAAUAUCUGGUUUGUAAGUUAUGAUUCGGCUCUGUUAUCACGAAAACUCAGGCGACAAGAAGCGUGAAAAAAGUAUGAAAUCAACAAAAAUGGACUUUUCUGACCUCAUAUGCCUAAUCUGAGAACAUUUGAUGCUUUUUAUGAUAACUCAACUGUUAUAAAGUAACGAAUAUCUAAAUUAUUUGCUUCAAAUCCUGCUUACGGGGACAUAAUUGACAAAAAAUUAAUCGGGAAUGGGGUUGCGCACCGGGAAUGGAGUUGCUCGUAUACAUCAUAAUGUAUAUAAUGUAUACGCGCAACUCCAUUCCCGGGGCGCAACCCCAUUCCCGAUUAUUUUUUUGCCAAUCUUUACCCCAAAAGCAACAUUUCAUUCAGUGUAUGUAAUAUUCAUGACUGUUUUACACGUUUUUGAUCAUUAGAAGCGUCACAUUUCCAGAAAGAAGGCACAAGAGUUAGAAAAUUGGCAUUUUUCACGAUUUCAUGCUUUUUUGACAGUUCGAGCCAGCAGAGUUUUCGUGAUAAAAGAGCUGAUUCUUAAAUUUGUAAGUUGGUAUUUCACACAUAUGAUCUUUAUUCAUUUUUGUGUCGAAUAGCAUUUUGCUUUUUUCGAAAACAUUUGUAAAUGUGUCAUCAUUUACAAUAAACAAAAACCCACCUACCUGGAUUUUGUAUAUAUUGAUGCGCAACACCAGCACCGGAAGCCGCGCAACCCAUUUUUAGCGUAUUCCCAGUGGGAAUUGGAUUGCGCGUUUACCACCCGUGUAUUAUAUAUUCGCCAUAUUGUAGUUUGUGUUUCCAUUGAGUUAUUGUCUUGUAUUUAGCAUGCUCAGGUGAGUUUUCUGAUCGCUCGAUGUCCGUCGUCUGUCGUCUGUCUGUCAACAUUUAACUUGUGUAUGCGAUAGAGGCUGUAUUUUUCGAUUGAUCUUCAUAAAAUUUGGUCAGAAUGAUUGCCUUGAUGAAAUCGAAGUCAGAUUUGCAUAUGGGUCGUCUGGCUUCAAAAACUAAGUCACUAGGUCAUAUCAAAUAAAAUACUUGUUUAAACUCAAGAGACCACAUUUUUGGUGAAAUUCUAAUGAAAAUUGGCCAGAAUAUUUGUUCUAAUGAAAUCCCUAGGUCAAACAUGUUUACACUGUUGUGGUGUGUUUCUCAGGUGAGCGGCCUAGGGCCAUCUUGGCCCUCUUGUUUUUGUUUUGUUUUUAAGAAAAUAAAACAGUCUUGUCAGCGCAUCUCAUAAAUUCCUGGCAUUUCUUCUAAACUGUUAGUUUGAUUUUGAUGAUCGCAGUGUACUGUGCUCUGUAUAAUCGUUCACAUUCUAUUUCCUCAAAACCUGCCUUAUUAAGGAGGCGUCCGUUUUUCUUUUCUCUCCCUGAAAAAAAAACAUUUAGUGUACGUUCAUAUGAUAAUAUUCAUCUAUAACAGUCACCUGUUGCAGUGUUUUGUGAUGAUUUCUCUUUAAACGUUAUUGCUAUUGUACAUGCUUAUAUCAUUCUGAACAGCUGUAGGAAUGCUAACAGAAACUUAUUUUUCUUUCUUUUUUUAAAAAAAUAUCUUGAACAUUUUUACUUUAGUUCCUAUAUAACCACGCAUUGAGAUGUAUUAAUGAUUUAUAUUUUGCAAAGUGAAGAAGAAAUUCACGAAAAAUCUUGUACAUAUUCAAUCAUUCUAAGCAUUAAGUACCUGUCUAUGCAUCAGAGAUGUCUGGCCGUGAACCAUUUUCAACUGUGGCGAAAGUAAAAAAAAAAAAACUGGGAAUACCCAUUACAAUUUCAUUAACUUUGUAUUUAGAUAGUUUUCAGCUAAAUAAUCACCGGAGAAAAUGUUUUGCUGUAGCUCACGAAUGAGGUUUAGAUAUAACAUUUACGUUUGGCAAUGACGGAACAAAAUUGUCUUUUCAUGGUGUUAAUUUUAGUCGUCUGUGUAAUUGUGUGCCAGGAAUUUAUUUUUGCUUUUUUGCUGUAUUUUUGUUACGUUGUAAGAGUGAGAUAGUUCAGGGAGUGCCUGCGAGAGGGAGACAGAGAGGGAGAUUGUUUCUGAUUAAAUAUGAAUAAAACACUAAAGUACUUUAGUGAUGACAAUUUA